AUGAUUCUCUCCCGUCUGGUCUCCAUCUUCCUUCGCUUCGGCCAGUUCGUCUGCGCUGCCGUCUGUUUGGGCUUGUCGGCCUGGUUCCUCCAUGAGAUUCGUCAUGGUAGCGGCGGCCCCCGUGGACGCACCAUCUACAUCAUUGUCAUCGCCUGCGUCUCCGUCAUCACCUCGCUGAUCUGGAUGAUUCCCUUUACUUUCACCUUUUUCCAUUAUCCGUUUGACUUCAUCCUCAGCCUGGCUUGGUUCGCCGCAUUCGGUGCUCUGGUCGAAUACAUCCACGACGCCAAUUGCGGCGGUGUCUUCCACUGGGGCGGCCUUUACCGCGGCGGCUGGUGCGACAAGUGGAAGGCUAACGAGGCCUUUGCCUUCAUCGCCGCGUGCUUCUGGCUUGCCAGCACCCUGCUUGGCGCCUGGGUCUUCCACAAGAAGACGCGCCCUGACAGCACUUCGCGCAGCCGCUUUGGCCGCCGUUCCUACGUCUAA